CAUUGUUCACUUCAAAGUUCGAUUCCCACUUCAGCAAACAACAGCCUUGCACAAAACCACCUUGUCUUAUAUUUCGUCUACACAAAACCGUAGCCAUUUUUGUUGCGCAGCAGAAACAGAGACAGGUCGGAGGAGGUGAAGGAGACCUCAGACGGAUAAAAAUGGCUUCCACUGCAUCAUUGUACGAGGUUCUUGGGAUCCCCAUGAGCGCGAGUUGCCACGAGAUCAAAGCCGCCUAUAGAAGGCUGGCAAGAAUGUGUCACCCUGAUGUGGUGGCCAUAGGCCGGAAAGAAACAUCAGCCAACGAGUUCAUGAAGAUCCAUGCAGCGUAUUCGACGCUUUCCGACCCCGACAAGCGUGCUUGUUACGAUAGAGAAAUUUAUAGGCAUCGUCGAGGGCAUUACGGUUCUUCGGCGCUGACAUCGGCAACGGCCAUGAGGACGGCGAUGUCGGGGUUUGCGGCAUCUACUAAGAGGAACUGGGAGACCGAUCAGUGUUGGUAGCUGCAUUCGAUUUAGAAGGCUAUAUAUAUGUAUAUGUACGGGCGGGUGUCAUCCUCUCAUUUCUUCACUUUGUGUGAUAAACUUUCGGUUUUGAUUGAAAGCGGUGUAGCAAAAAGUGAGAAAUGAGAAAUGAGCAAG